AUGAAAGUGCCCGCCGUUGUUUCCGAUGAGAGUAGCGUUGUUGCUGGUGCGCAAUCCGUCGGCUUUAAUCAGCAGCAGUACCACCGAGAGGCUAAUGAGCCGAGUCUUAGUAACCGUGCGAGCAAACGUACGAUUUCGUCGUCCUCCUCCUCGUCUUCGGCGGCCUCCGACUCCUACUGUGUUUCGUUGGCUGUAGGACCGCUGUGGUGGUCCGAUGUCCCAACAAUCAGGACCGAUCACGAUAGGGCAUCUCCCUUGAAGGAAUACAAUCGCAAAGAUUCUUUCGAUUCGACAACGACCACCGCUUCUUCUGAGUACAAUGAUCAGGAUUUCCCCGAAUCGACCGUCGACUACAUGAACCAACAGGAAGCUGCCGUCGUUCAGGAGCUCCUCAGUCAAACGGUCCCGACCGGGAUUACACUGAAGCUUUUCGUAACACCGCAAAAAUGCAGCAGCUGGGAAACGAUAUUCAACCCGAACGAAAACAUCCUGUACGUUUCGCUUCCAUCGGCCAUGUCGCACGAAGCCUCGAAACACUCGUUCAUUUCGCUGCUGGAGUUCGCCGAGGAAAAGCUUGAGUGCGAUGCCGUCGUACUGUGCAUCCGCAAAGAUCGGCUCGACCGCCCGAACCUGGUACGGACUUUCUCCUUCGUCGGUUUCCAACCACUCAAUCCGAAAUCACCGCUUGCUCCACCGCACAUCGAAGAGCAGCAACGGAACGAGUAUCUCUUCAUGAUCUACAACAUCGAGGAGUAAGACGAUGGGGACGCAAGACCGGAACAGUGCAUGGGAAUAAGUUUGUUGGCGUAGUUCUCAUGCGCACGAUCCAAAACACCAUCUAAAACAGGAUCGUCUCUCAGAAGCAAGUCGUUUGUGGGUGCGAUCGUAUCAAAAUUAAAUUCAAGCCUUUGACAGAGCUGCGCAACACCAUAACAAUGGUUCUAAAAGAUCUGGCGGAGCAUCCUAAUGGGCUAUGUGAAUCACAAUAACAUCUCUCUCUCUCCCUCUCCGAAUGGUUCAACGAUAAGGACGAAACCGAUUCGCCGAGCUUCGAUUGGUGGCAGAGAUCGUUGCAUCCCAAAUCGGCGUGAUCGAUGUUCGUCCGUUUUGAUACGAUCGUAUGGCAAAGCGAGUAAUAAGUAGCAUAUAUGCAAAUGGAAAAAGUAAACGACAACCGCAAAGAGCAUCAUCAUACAUCUUCAAUAUGCCACCACUCUAUCAUCAACGUUUUGCUGAGCAUGGUUUGGUCAGUGAAAACGUCCAUCUCACGAGGCAUCAACCAAUCAGCCGCAGGCAUACACGUAACGACUAAGAAAGAUAACAUCUCCCUUUUCGAAGAGUACAAUACCAUUCUUAAUCACACGCCGUACAUACUUUAAGAGCGUAUAUAAUGCAUUAUUGAACAGUGGUAAACAGUGGAAAACACAUGCGCAUCAUCAGCAUCAUCAGAUUCGGUAUCACAAUCUUACCAGUCGAAAUACUUGCGAUUUGUAAUUGUUUAAGAGAUAUGCUACUAUAAUAGCGGUAAAUAUUCUAAAAAAGAAAAAAACACAAAAAAAUGAUAAAACUUAAAAAUCUCUACAAAAAGAAACGAAAUCCUCUGUUCAAUUCUUAUUUUUAUGCUUGAAUGCAACAAAACUUUUAAAAUGAAAUCAUCCAAGAAGUCAACUAGAGAUA